AGAGGCGUUUUCUUCUGUCGAAUGCUCCGUUUAAAGAAUAUUCACUGUACUUUGUGAAGGCUUUGUGAUACGUGUGGGAAGUUCUUCAUGGAGUCACACACCGAAGAGGACAUUGAGGAGCUCAUUGAGGACAUGGAUUACAUUCCUGGCCACUUUCAUUUGGAGCUCAAUCUUAAUUGUGAUCCUGUUGGACCUGUGAGGCUACGCCAUAGAAACACUUAUCUAAAACAGGAGAGCCUGCAAACUGAGCUAGAAGCUGAGGUCGGAUAUCUACAAUAUGCCGUCAGAAAUCUUCUGGGCCUUCUGGCUUUUCAUCUUGAGCAGCUGGACAAGGCGGAGGAAAUAUUCAGGGGCAUUUGUAAAGAGGAUCCUGGGAACCUCAAUGCAUGGGCCAACCUGGGCUAUGUGUAUGACAAGCUUGGGCGAGAGCUGGAUGCAGGGGAGUGUGUUGAUAAAGUUUCCCACCUAAUGGGUGUGGAUGCUGGAGAGGCCUCUCAGGAUGAGACCAGGAUACUGGCGGCAAGGUGUCUUGCCGAACAGGCCUAUGUUUAUCCGUAUGAUGUGGAGCUGGACAGUGAGGACGAGCUAAGAGAGAGACUGAAGGCAGCACUCACACUUUAUAACAGAGCCCUGGAUUAUGGAGGUCAUCUGAUACCAAUGGAAGAAAAACGUAGCUGGUACUUUAAAAUGGCAACUAUCUACAUAAGGCUUGAUGAAAUAAUAAGAACUGAAGGUGAUUCUGAAUACUCAAGGCUUUCUCACUACAACAAGGGACUCAAACUUCUCACGGAAACACUGGAGUCAGAGAAAAUGCAACACAAAGCUUUAGCCUGGUGUUAUGUUGGCCUCAUGUUGGAGAGAAAAGACGAGUUUUCUUCUGUGCCCAUGUCCAUACAUGAUUGCGGCUACUCAGCUUCUGACCCCUUGUCCUGCUAUGGAACAGCUAUAAAAAUGGCAAGUGGUGAUGCCUUCACUCUGAACCUUCUGGCUAAAGUCUUCUUUCUGCUGGGCAAACAUGAGAUGGCCACAGGGAUCUGCAACAUGGCGCUAAGCGUGCUGCCAGAUCCAGAGCUCAACUGGCAGGCUUACUGUACCCAUGCAAAGAUCAACAUAAUCCUGUACAUCAGAGACCUAGAGAAGGCGAAGCAAGGUGAAGGUGGAAUCCCAGACCGACAACACCUAACUGAUGCAAGAAAAGACUUGGACAAGGUGCUCGCUGUACGUCCAUGUCUGAGGACUCAUUUAGAGAUGGCACAGGUGUACUACUACAUGGGUGUAGAUGCACUCCAGGAGACACUUUUAGUGGAUGAGAGUGCAGUAAAUAGUGCUUUGGUGAGUCUUUCUCAUGCCCUACAGUUUGAGCUAAGCGACAGCUUGCCAGACCUCCAUGUGCUCAGAGGACGUUGCCUCCUCCUGAAGGGCGAGGAGCAGAAUGCUGCAGACUGUUUCAAGUUAGCUGUGGAUUUGGAGAGACCUGGGAGCAGAGACGCCACAGCCCUGCGCUGCCUCCUACAGGCCCUCCUGACUCUGUUCAUGCAGGGAGGCCAUGAUCCCAGCCCUGCCAUUAACCAACUGGAGCUCUGGGUGCAUAAAGCAGAGAAGAUCUACCCUCAGGACGUAGUGGAAACCGAAUUGAGGUGGCUUUACAGGACGCAUACAGAAGAGGUCACAGAGUUAUCAAGGGCUCUGAUCAGGGCAGGAAGGCUGGAACUGGUCAGGAAGCUUCUGGAAACCGUGGUUCCUAAACAGCUGACUAAGAAGAAAACAGUGGCAAGAUCGUACUCCUACACAUGAAGGAUAUGCAACUUAAAAUAAUACAACCGUAAAAGGCAAACCAGGCAAACGGUCACUAUUGAAUGUCUUCACACCAGUUCAGAAACUUGAAUUAAAAAGCUGUCAGUAAGUACUGUCUGUUGUGCAAGAACUGUGUUGUGUUUAUCUCAAUACUUUAAAGGAAGCCAUGUAAAGACUAAUACAGUGCUGCUUGUGUUUUGUGAACAUGUACUUACAUAUCAGGAUGGACAUGGUCAGAGAUUGUCUUUGACUUUUCUUCAGUGCUUUGAAAGCAGUGAAAUCAGUAGUUUCCAGCAGUAGCUGAAGAAAACUUUCUUCUGAGUAAAAUACAAACAUGAAGAAUACCUCUAUCUGAGUUAAUGCUGGUUCGCUGAUGACCAGCAGAUGGGGGUAUAAACCCUGUAUGUCCUUGUUUUCUUGAAAAAGGUUUUAAUGACCAGAUUCAAUGAUCAGUAGAAUUGAAUUGCUAUGUCAUGCAUGUCUACUGGAAUUGAAUUCUUGAAUAAAUACUGGUUUUGAGUC